GCUGGGGGCGGAGGAGGAGAAUUAGUUCGAGUGGAGCGAGCGAGCUGAGUGGUUGUGUAGUCGAGUCUCGGAGACCGGUAGCGCUUGCAGCAUGGCUGACCAGCUGACUGAAGAGCAGAUUGCAGAAUUCAAAGAAGCUUUUUCACUUUUUGACAAGGAUGGUGAUGGAACUAUAACAACAAAGGAGUUGGGAACUGUAAUGAGGUCUCUUGGGCAGAAUCCCACAGAAGCAGAGUUACAGGACAUGAUUAAUGAGGUGGAUGCUGAUGGUAACGGCACAAUUGACUUCCCGGAAUUUCUGACAAUGAUGGCAAGAAAAAUGAAAGACACAGACAGUGAAGAAGAAAUUAGAGAAGCAUUCCGUGUGUUUGAUAAGGAUGGUAAUGGCUAUAUUAGUGCAGCAGAGCUCCGCCAUGUGAUGACAAACCUUGGAGAGAAGUUAACAGAUGAAGAGGUUGAUGAAAUGAUCAGGGAAGCAGAUAUUGAUGGUGAUGGUCAAGUAAACUAUGAAGAGUUUGUACAAAUGAUGACAGCAAAGUGAAGACAUUGUACAGAAUGUGUUAAAUUUCUUGUACAAAAUUGUUUAUUUGCCUUUUCUUUGUUUGUAACUUAUCUGUAAAAGGUUUCCCCCUAUUGUCAAAAAAAAUAUGCAUGUAUAGUAAUUAGGACUUCAUUCCUCCAUGUUUUCUUCCCUUAUCUUACUGUCAUUGUCCUGAAACCUUCUUUUAGAAAAAUUGAUCAAGUAACAUGUUGCAUGUGGCUUACUCUGGAUAUAUCUAAUAAGCCCUUCUGCACAUCUAAACUUAGAUGGAGUUGGUCAAAUGAGGGAACAUCUGGGUUAUGCCUUUUUUUUUUAAGUAGUUUUCUUUAGGAACUGUCAGCAUGUUGUUGUUGAAGUGUGGAGUUGUAACUCUGCGUGGACUAUGGACAGUCAACAAUAUGUACUUAAAAGUUGCACUAUUGCAAAACGGGUGUUUUAUCCAGGUACUCGUACACUAUUUUUUUGUACUGCUGGUCCUGUACCAGAAACAUUUUCUUUUAUUGUUACUUGCUUUUUAAACUUUGUUUUAGCCACUUAAAGAAAAUCUGCUUAUGGCACAAUUUGCCUCAAAUCCAUUCCAAGUUGUAUAUUUGUUUUCCAAUAAAAAAAUUACAAUUUACCCAA